AGCAUCAUAGCGAAGAAGCAGCGGUGCCGUCAGCGCUCGGUGCCCGAUCGUUGCUCUCAUCACAUCAAGGCGCAUUCGGGCAGUUCCGAUAAAUAAGUGACGCUCCGUAUUGCAAUGCUUACACCGCCAACCUGCUCUGUCUCAGUAGACACGCCGGAGCUGCAAUGAAGUCAUCUAUAAUAAGCACCCACAUGUGGCCUCUGCUCAAUCUGCAGGACCGGUUUCUGUGGUGACCAUCUGCUUGAAUGAUGCUGAUGGCAGGGGCCUCGUCCAUGUGGGCUUCAUGCUGUGGUCUGCUGAAUGAAGUCAUGGGUACAGGGGCCGUCAGAGGCCAGCAGCCGGGGUUUGGGGCCGGUGCUGGACCCUUCAGAUUCGCCCCCAGUGCGGGAUACUCCACAUACCCGCCCACCAGCUCAGGGAGUCCCGGUCUUGUAUGCAAGGCUUGCGGUCAGGCCUUCUCAGUCUUCAGGAGGAAGUAUAUUUGCUGCGACUGCAAGAAGAGCUUCUGCUCUCUGUGCUCCGUGCUUCAGGAGAAUCUGCGCAUUUGUGCCACGUGUCACUUGCUGAAGGCGACGGCCUUUCAGCGGCCGCGGCUCAUGCGCCUUCGAGUCAGGGACCUGCGUCAGUAUUUGCUGCUUCGUAACAUCCCCACUGACACCUGCAGGGAGAAGGAAGACCUGGUGGACUUGGUGCUCUGUCACCAGGGCAUUGAGGAAGAGGAGGACCCCGACACGGGCAGCCUCCACUCGCGUUCCCUGUACACGCCGACCCCUUCCACCACGCAGUCUGCCUCAGAGCUGUCUGCCUUUGUCGCCUCUCAGGAGGAGCCGCUCAGCAGAAGCGAUAGCUCUGAGACCAACCAGGAUAUCGGGGAUGCCACAUCUGUUUCCCUCCUCAACUUGGACCCCAGUGAAGACACUCCUGAGGUCAGCCCUCAGACGCGGCAUCGAUCCAGAGCCUCCCUCUCCGACAUCUCCAGCCUGAGGGACAUCGAGGGCCUGUCCGUCAGGCAGCUGAAGGAGAUCCUGGCCAGGAACUUUGUCAACUAUUCAGGUUGCUGUGAGAAGUGGGAGCUGGUGGAGCGCGUCAGCAGGCUGUACAGAGAGACGGAGGAGAACAGGAAAUCAUUGGAAAAUGUGAGCAGUACUGUAACCACAGUGGUGGCCUUCCCUCCUACCCCUCCUAUCUGCAACGGUGCCAUCGGAGAUGGCGAGAAGGGUCCGCUGACGAUCCACGACGACAACCUCUGCAGGAUCUGCAUGGACGCCAUGAUCGACUGCGUCCUCCUGGAGUGCGGUCACAUGGUCACCUGCACCAAGUGCGGCAAGAGGAUGAACGAGUGCCCGAUCUGCCGGCAGUACGUCGUGAGGGCCGUGCACGUCUUCAAGUCCUAAUGCUUCAGAGCAGCAGCUCAGACUGUGACCGUACCUGAAAUCAACCAUGCAGCUCACGACCUUCCAAUCCCCAAAAAGACUUAAGAUUUUGUGAAUGUUUGUAUUCCAUAAGUUCUAACAUUAUUUGCACACUGAAAUAUUGUGAGAAGUGUGUUCUUCUUUAGAAUCCGACUCUUUGGUUUCAGCAGUGGGCAGAGCGUAGGAUCGUACCCUCGUGUGAGUCAUUCCUCGAGUCAGCAUAUCGCUCAUCUCUGUCCAUUCCUCAGUGUCUGUUCUGCUUUUUCUUACAGAUUUUUCAAAGCAAAGAAUGUGUGGCACUGGGCCACGUGCAGUCUUGUCAAACACAACUCAUCACCCUCAGAUCUGCCUAUAAACUGUAGCCGGCACUCGGCGCCGCUGAGUAUUCUUAUGAGCACCUCUCUUUACGACUGCUGCAAGUGACUACAUAUCUUAGUAACGCGGAGGACAGCCACGUGCUGGACCUCACCACAGGGGGGGAGGGGGGUGAGUCAACUAGGUGCCAAAUAAUGGGUCAUGCCCUUAUGCUUCUCACCCAUUUUUUCCCUCUUUCUGCUGUGUUGGGCCAGUGUGUGGCUGUUGAUUCUUCAGCCCUUUUUUUUUUUUUUUUAAUCAGAAAGCACUUUGUUCACACUGUGUUGAAGCACCACUGCGAGCUCUGACCAGUAAUGAUGGCUGACGUAGCACGUGUGUGUGUUCUUGGUUACGAGCUUUAGCUCGACUUAUGGAGUUUGGAAGGUUUGUGCGAAAACACCACCACCAUUUUGUUUUCAAGUUAAACCUGGUGUUAGAAACGAGCAGGAGGUGGCCACGAUUCAUUGAUUAUAGUUGCCAGCUAAUCUGAUUAUUUUGCAGUAAUGUUAAAUAUUUGAUGGUCCCAGCUUCUUAAUUGUGAUGAUUUGCUGCUUUGUCAAUUAUGAUAGUAAAUGAGGAAAAUUGUAAUGUGCAUUUUUCCCAAUUUUUGAUUGAACAAGAAAUCGUGAAAGUAAUCAGAAGGUUAGCCGACGAUGAAAGUAAUGAAAGCCCCCCGUGUGAUUCGAGGAUGUUGGUGAUUGAUAUUGGUAUUGAUAUCGUCUGUUUCAUCAUAUUGACUGAUUUCGUAGAAGCGAUUAUUUUAAAGCAUCACACGUUUAAAUGGUCGGAAGUCUGUUGCCACAGCAAUAGCUGAGCUCCGCCGUCACCUCUGUCCCGUCUCAGCACCUCAGUGGAGACAAACGACAAAAAACCGGUGCUAACUCAUCCAGCCGUCGUCUCUGAUUUUCAGCCGAACUGUGGAUGUGAAACCUUGAAUGUUUUUUUUUUUUAGCGUUGUAUAGCGUUGGGAGUGGAAUGAAGUGUCUUAAUGCGUUUUUAGUUUCUCUCACAUAGGAGUAACGUAUUGAACUAACUAUUCAAAGGUAUAGCUAUGAGUUUACUGACACCUGUGGUAUGAAAAGUAUAUAGAUAUAAUGACUUGCUAAUGUACAUUUGCAUAUAUUGAUCCAUAUGAGAUGUAAAUAUCUAUUUUUUUCCCAUUUGAUUUCAAUUAUCAGAUUAUUGAAAUGUCCCUGGGAUUGGGUUAGUUUAUUAUCACAUAGUUGCGUUUUCCUGUCUAGUGGUCUAAAAUGUGUUCGUUCAGCAUAAGUUUCCUUCUUGAACCAGAGCAUGACAAGAACCUGAAUGGUUUUGUUAAUCCCCACCUGUAAAACUCAAUAUCCUGGUUUUAUAUGCCCCUGAUCCUGCUCAGUUAGAAGUAUCCAGCUCUGUACUGUACUCACACAAAGUCCACAAUGCUGCUAUAACAGUAAAGAUGUCCCCUACAAUCAUGAAGAGUAGCGGAGCAGGCUGCACUUUUCCUUUAGAGAGUGUAAUUGUGUGCAGGGUUUGGUCUUUGUAUUUGGGAAUGUUGAACUUUUUAUUUUGGUAAUUAAAGAUUUUAAUUAAA